AUGAAUGAAAACAAUGCAAAGGUUGGGAAAAGCUAUGUGAAGGGUGUAAAAGAACAUACUCCCAGUGUACCGGAACCCAGUAUCAGCAGAAUGAUCACGCUUGAAACAAUCGUUUGUGAAAUUGAAACCCCACGAGCCACGUGGCCAGGAGAAGUGCUGAAAGCGGUAGAACGGACUUUGGAAGGUGAAAGACUGGGAGGUAAAGACUUAAAAGAGACCAAGAAGUGUAUGAGGGAGAUGAAUCUCAUUCUCGCUCUCAAGCGUGACUGCCAUGAAGCAUUAAGUAUAUUGACAGCCCAUGUGAGAGUUUACGAAAGGUACGAUGUGGAACUCCAGAUGGCGAAGUAUGAUGAUAUCCAACACAACAAAUAUCUGGAAGAUUUCGUUCCAGGUGAUGAGGUGCAUCAUACUUUUACCUCUGAAGCCCAAUUUAGGAAGAUAGUCUCCUAUUUGCCCAAUUGGAAAGCGGCAGGGCGUGAUGGAAUUUAUAACUUCUUUAUUAAGUACUACCGACCUGAUUCCAAAAGGUAUCUCAAGAGAAGGCAGCAACUUCAGGCCAAUAAUUGGAAAGUCGAACCUUUACAAGUUAACAACGAAAUGUGUGGCACGCGUCAUGCUGUUAGAUGUUGCCAUGAGGAAGCUGCUUGCAGACAAUCGAUUAGGAACUGUUACCUAGGUUCAAGUUACGAAUAUCUGAUUAAGUACAUUGAAAAGCUUAACAUGCCAUCGUGGAUCAGCAGGACCAAAAUAAUUCCGUAUGUGAUGACUUGGGAUGGGAUUGUGAUGAACUUCCACAAACGCUAUGAGAAGGAGAUCAGUAUAUCUGAUCACGUCGAGGCAUACAUGCAAUCGAUAGUUCUCAAGAAGACGCUCGAAAGCAUCUCCUUCAACAGUCGGUCGACAUGGAUUCCACGAGGACAAAGUAAGAACGAUGAGCGCAACUAA